CGGUGAGAAUGUGGGCAAUUACAGUAUGCCCUUAUCUCAUCAGUCUCUGUAAGCAAAUAUUGUGCUGUCAGUAUACAAUGAAGAGCCUCAUGGAGCGUUAUAGACUAGUUAUGUUUGUUUACUUUGUUCUUUCAGGAGUGAUGCGUGUGGGUUUGAGCCUAAGUUGUAUACGGUGUGAAACUACUGAUAUCAAAGACAAGUGUGUAACUGGAAGGCCGACUAAAUAGUCUUGAUGGUAGAAUGGAGUUAUGUUGGGGGAUAUUUUCACGAUGCUAUACUACAGCAACUGUGACUGAAUAUGGAGAACCGUCAUUUGAAAGAGGCUGCACCACAGAGAAUAUCUGCAAAGAAGGUGAGGAUUCUGAGCUGGAAUACUGCGCUACCUGUAGAGCUAGAUUCUGCAACACCAAACCUAUCAAACUGGACAAAGAAGUGGAAUAUUACUUACUAGAAGUACAGUACAACAUGACAACCACCACCGACAUAACUACAGAGUUUAUCGAAACAUCCUCAGGCUCAUCCAAUACGGAAGGUUUUACGGAUAGCAUAGCAGCCCUUACUACAGAAGAUGUCACAGAGGUUGUAAUGAAAACAUAAUAUUAUAAAUUGUGAUAUGAAAAGAAACUUCGAAAGCCUUACUGAGAUGUACAGAAGAAACUGUGAGAAGUAGUGGAUUUUUAAUUAGAUAGCUUGUAUCUCCAAAAG